AUGGGCGGCCCCAAUCUCGAAGUCUUCAAGUUCGGCAUGUACAUCAUGUUUCCUAUUGGAUGGAUGUACUACUUUGGCACGAACCUCGACGAACGUUUCUCUGUCCCCGACUUUUGGCCCAAGGAGAACGAAACACAUCACAUCCCCUUCGAGAAGGAUGAGAUUCAAUCAGAACUGGCCAGACUGCGCGCCCGCCGUUUGGCUGCCCGCCAGAGAAGA